AGUGUCAGCACUGCCGGAAUACACAGUUCUGGCAGUCUCCUUAUGCUUGCGCGUCCUGCCAUGCAGACACCGCGGCUGCUUGCCAGAACCUCCAUCCGGGGAUCGCGGUUGGCCAAGCGGUCCCUGGUGCAGCUUCGGGCCGAGAAGGUCGCCGCGGGCUCGAAGCUUGGCGCUUUGAAGGCGUUCCUCUCGGCCGCCGGCGGGCUGCUGCUGCGGCGCUCGAAGAGCUCCCGGCUGCAAGAUCUGGGCUCCGUCUCCGGGAAGGACUUCGUCCUGCGCGCGCGGGCCGAAAAGAGUCCCAUCGCGGUGGACGAGGAGGGGGAGCUGGACCUGAACCCGGGAGGAGAGGAUCUGCACGUGCUGCUGGCCGGGCGAGAGGACCACGACUACUUCUGCAGCCCCGUGCCCUUGCGCCUGCGUUUCUUUGGCCAAGUGCCGGAGGUGCGGGUGGGGGGGCAGCUGGCCUUCCCCUUGGUGGGCGCAGACCGGCGUCUGCCCAAGGCUUUUUGGGACACCUUCGCGGCCCAGGGCGCCGGACAUGAUGUUGCGGAGCUGCUGCGUGCCGUGCGCGCCUUUCUGCUGGACCCGGCGGGCUACUUGGGCCUGGCCGACAGCGAAGCGCCGGAGGCGCGGCGCCUGCAGACCUGGUGCCGCGACGCGGCGCGGCUGAACGGGGCGCGCCUGGACGUGGUGAGGAAGUACAGGCCGCAGGCGCGUUUCCCCGAGCUCUUCGACGCCUCCACGUUGAGGCCCGAGUGGUUCCCGGCGGAGACCUGGCAGUGCCUCAAUCCGGGCCUCGAGGGCCCGGCGGACUUGGUGGCGUGGUCCCGGAUCUUGACGGAGCACGCGCCCAAGGAGGUGUAUUCCUUCCCCCUCUUCACCGAGGAGUUCUGCGACAUGCUGUUGGAAGAGGUGUUCCACUUCUACAGCACGGGGCUGCCGGCCCGGCGGCCCAACAGCAUGAACAACUACGGCAUCAUCUUGAGCGACAUUGGGCUGGAGCCCUUCAUCGACCAGCUCCAGGGCUUGCUGCAGCCCAUGGGCCGCGAGCUGUUCCCGGGCCCGGGGAGCUUGUGGGAUGGCCACCACUGCUUCAUCGUGCGGUACCGGGAGGGGGAGGAUUUGGGCCUCGACAUGCACACGGACGACUCGGAUGUAACCUUCAACAUCUGCCUGGGCUUAGACUUCCAGGGCGCCGGGCUCCAGUUCUGCGGCCAGGUGGGUUCCCCAGAACACCGGCAGCACGCUUUGACCUACCAGCACCGCAAGGGCCACUGCGUGGUGCACUUGGGAAAGAAGCGGCACGGGGCGGACGACAUCACGCAGGGCGAGCGGCUGAACUUGAUCCUCUGGAACCACUCCUCGGAGUAUCGCAAGAGCCGGGGCUACAGGAUGCCGCCAUAUGCCAAGGAGUCCGCGGCCCCGGAUAAGGUGUGCCUCAGCUACACCCACGACAGGGACUUCGGGACGUUCAAAGACUACCCCGAGGGCAAGGGCCACUUCCGAGGUCGUGGCUGGUGCCCGCCCACGCAAGCGGAGUACCCGGGGUUCAAGCCGGAGAUGUUCCGCGCCUCGAAGCCCAGGUGAGUUUUCUCCAACUGAUUAGCAGGGAUGUCCAAGGAGCUACCUCGGCGACCGGGCUCUUGUCCCAGGGCCAACACCAGGCCUAGUGGGUAGGGUCCGGCGCCGGCUUCAGAACAGCUAUGUGGCUUCAACAACUUGCAAGUUGGGUGCCGUCAGUCCGCCGGAACAGCAUGGCUGUCUGCGUUCGGCUGUGGUACAGAUCUUCAAAGCACAGAGAUCUGAAAAAGUGGCCACUGAGUCUUGUUUUGUUCCCACCCUGAAUGGUUGACUUGUACCUUGUUCGUUCUUUCUCGUCCAGGGUGAAUCCAAUUUGCCGCUUGCAGCUUGUGGGGCAAGAGCCACCGGUGCCUUGAGCGAAGAGAUCGACAUGUUGCUCACCCACCC